CCACGUGUCCCGACAAAACAGCUGCACCAGCAGAAAAGCUACUACCAGAGCCACACUUUCCUCCAUGUGUCUCUUUGUCCUUUCUAUGAAUAUUGUUUUCUUUUUCUACAGGAGCUGUCAGCAUCCGGGACAGCAAAGACAUUUAAUCUUUCUAUAUAUGACAGGAGAGGGUGUGUGUGGGGGUGUGAGGAGGGGGUCUGUCCCCGGUAACCGACAUCCACGGCGCGCACGGCGACCCAACACCGCCUCUACUGCCUCUCCUGUUACAGCUCAGCGAUCGACUUACGUGGCCGGGGAAAAUGUUGCAGUAAAGGGAGGAGAGUAGAGGAGGGAGGGAGGGAGGAAGAGGAGAGGAGGGACAGAGAGACUGCAGCAUCGCUGGAGACCGGAGGCAGCAGCCGUCCCGAGCAGCGCAGGUGAGAAGAGAGAGAAAAAAGAUAAGAAAAGAGAAGAAGGAGGAGGAACAGAAGGAGGAGGCGCUGGAAUGAGAGAGAAUGCGGGACUCUUAAGGAGGUGGGGAGAAAAAAAAAGACGCAUCUACAACUCGAUCCAUCACUAACAGAAGCAUCCCGAGCACGGACUGCGCUGGAUUACACUCCGAGACUGUAAACUAAGGCUUCAUUUGCCUGUUCCGUCUUUUUAAAAAAUCUGUCAAAGUCGCUUUGAAGAGCACUCCUGUCCUCUCACAACUUGCGUAAAGGAAUCUGGCUGCUUGGCACGUUGCUCCACUGCGGGAAAAAGAGGGAAGCGCAGCUGGAUAACAGAAAAAAGUGGUGCUGCAUUGCAGUUUCUAACUGAAAAAACGUGAGGAAAAAAGAGCUGCUGUCCCAAAUGUGACUGGAAUGAGAAAAAAAAAACAGGAACUUCCAAAUUGCAUUGUGAACCUACGAGCGUGUCUGUGACAGCAUAGCACUCUGGGGAGAAGAUGAAAAGUAGCGUGGAUUAAUCACAGCUCCAUGAAUUAGUUCUUACGCGUUUUUACGCAGCGUGAUGGAUUUCCUUGCGUCUUUGUGGCGUGAACUAUAGCACAGGCUGCAGAAUUAUCUUUAGCAGAAGUUGAGAGAAAAUAAAAAAAGCCAGCAGGGAGAGUAGGAGGAGAAUAAAAAUAAGAGAAAGAAGGGAUCCCGCACUGCUGAAGUGAACAGAAGCUGUUCCCCGGACCUCAGUCCGCAGAGAGCGAUCCAGAGAAAUAAAUCAAACACCCACGCUGCGAGGUACCUCCGACCACAAGACAGCAAUAAAUAACAGACAAAGCCACCGCUGGAAAGCUGGAGGUGUGAGGAGAGGUGAGAGGAAGAAGGAGCCAUGCAGAGGCUUGGUGCAGUGCACUCCUCCGCGGCGCAGGCUCUCUGCCUCGUGGUCUUGCUGCUGCAGUUGCUGACUCAGCUGCCGGUUGCCGACUCAGCUCUCCGGUACCGGGUGGCGGAGGAGGGCCCGCCAGAUGUGAAGAUCGGAAACGUGGCGGUGGACCUGGGACUCAAAGCGGGCACGGGCAGCGAGGACGUCACCUUUGCCCUGGAGAGCGGCUCAGAGUACUUCAAGAUUGACAAUGUGACAGGUGAGCUGACCACAGGCCCCCGGCGCAUCGACAGGGAGAAGCUCCCCCAGUGUCAGAUGAUAUUUGAUGAGAACGAGUGUUUCCUGGACUUUGAAGUGUCAGUUAUUGGGCCCCUGCAGAGCUGGGUCGACUUGCUGGAAGGCAGAGUUGUCAUAACAGACAUCAACGACAACACACCUUCCUUCUCCUCACCUGUCCUGCAGCUCUCAGUUGAGGAAAACCGCCCAAUUGGAACCCUUUACCUGCUCCCCACUGCAACAGACAGGGACUUUGGGCGGAAUGGCAUUGACAGAUAUGAGCUUGUCCAGGAUAAUGGAGCGGGGUCGAGUUCAGCGAAACGCACAGCAGGAGGAAACCCCAUUACCAGAGUGGAUGGACUUGACCGGAGGGGCAGAAGUGGAGAUAAUGGAGGAGGAGCUAGAAGCAGUGUGUUUGAGUUGCAAGUGGCAGAUAUCCCAGAUGGUGAAAAGCAGCCACAGCUCAUUGUGAAAGGCAUACUAGACAGAGAGCAAAAAGACUCUUAUGAGCUCAUACUCAGGGUUAGAGACGGAGGGAACCCUCCACGUUCCUCCCAAGCUCUGCUGCGUGUUUCCAUCACUGAUGUCAAUGACAAUGGCCCACAGUUUGAGAGGUCUACCUACGAAGCAGAGAUUACAGAAAACGCCCCUCCAGGUACGCCUGUGCUUCAGGUCAGAGCUUCAGAUCGUGACAUUGGGGUCAAUGGGCAGGUGGAGUACGUCUUUGGAGCUGCCACCGAAUCUGUCAGGCGAGUCCUGAGGCUGGACGAGGCAACCGGAUGGUUGAGCGUUCUACACAGAAUUGACAGAGAAGACGUGACCCAAUUUAGAUUCACAGUCACAGCCAGGGACCGGGGCCAGCCUCCCCGGACUGACCGCACCACUGUCGUCUUGUCCGUCCGAGAUGAAAACGACAACGUCCCAGUUGUAGACAUAAGAAAGAUUGGACGGAUCCUCGUCCGAGAUGGAGCGGCUUUGGUGCCAGAGAAUGUUCUGGUGGACACACCUGUAGCGUUGGUCCAAGUUUCGGACCGAGACCAAGGAGAGAAUGGGGCGGUGACCUGCACGGUUGUUGGAGAUGUUCCAUUCACACUAAAGCCAGCCGGAGAAACUGUCCUUCCACCCCUGCCUGCUGAUGAAGCUUUGGACAAGAACAAGAAGAAAUACUUCUUACAUACAUCCGCUUUGCUGGACUACGAGGCUACAAAAGAGUACAGCGUAACGAUUGUGGCGGUAGACUCUGGGAGCCCCAGUCUGUCCAGUAACAGUUCACUAAUGGUGCGAGUGGUGGACAUCAACGAUCAUGCCCCGGCCUUUGCCCAGAGCGUUGUGGAGGUCCAUUUUGCAGAGAACAACUCACCUGGUGAAAGGGUGGUCACCGUCGUUGCUACAGAUGCGGACAGUGGCAAGAAUGCUGAAGUGGUUUACAUUCUGGAUCCUGCUUCUAAUGGCCCAUUCUACAUAGAUGCAGACAAUGGAGAUAUUCGUGCAUCAGAGGUCCUGGAUCGUGAGCAGCGAGAUAGAUACGAGCUAAGAGUUAUUGCAAAGGACAAAGGUAUCCCGCCUUUGCAAGGGUCUGCAACUGUUGUUGUCCAGGUGACAGAUCGCAAUGACAACGCACCAAAGUUUGUUCAAGAAAUCUUUACGUUCUAUGUCAAGGAGAACCUACUAGCCAACAGCCCAGUUGGUAUGGUCACUGUGACUGACGCAGAUGAAGGUGAGAAUGCAGAGCUUAGUUUGUUUAUAGAGAUGGAUGGAGCGGACACAAAGAAGGUUGAAGGGGCAGACAGCGAGAAAGAACAACAAGAGUUGUUUUCAAUAGAGAACAACACUGGAACAAUCUUUUCGUCUGCGUCAUUUGACCGUGAAAAGCUUUCCACUUACACCUUUCGAGUUCGAGCCGUGGAUGGAGGGGAGCCCCGCAAAACGGCCACAGCCACAGUCUCCCUUUUUGUGACAGAUGAAAAUGACAAUGCUCCUGAAAUCACUUCUCCUGCCAACGAAUCCUACACCCUCUUACCACCCGCCAGCAGUGCUCGCACCAUUGUCAGAACUGUGACAGCCACUGACUUAGAUUCAGGCCAAAAUGCUGACCUUCGCUAUGCUCUAGUAGGAGGAAAUCCCUUCAGACUGUUUGAGAUUGGAAACACCAAUGGGGUGAUCACACUGGCAGAGCCUUUGGAGCGGCGCCACAAAGGUCUACAUCGCCUGGUGGUUCGAGUUAAUGAUAGCGGGAUCCCCUCUCUCUGUGCCACAACACUGGUUCACGUCUUCAUAAAUGAGAGCCUGGCUAACGCAACCUUGGUGGACGCACAGGUGGCAAGAAGCCUGAUGGCUCCGCUGACAUUGGACAUUGCAGGAGACCCAGACAGUGAGCGUGCUCUGGGUAAACAGCCCCUCAGUGUAGCCAUCGGUGUCCUGGCAGGAGCUGCGGCGGUCAUCCUGGUCAUACUCCUUGUGGUCACCGCUAGACAAUGCGGGGCUCAAGGCAAGAACGGCUAUGAAGCUGGUAAGAAGGAACCUGAAGAGGACUUCUUCAGUCCUUCAGGGGCUCAGCCCCAGGCCAGCAGAGGCGGAGGGUCAGAUCGAGGACGUAAGCCUCGGCGAGACAAGCGCAGUGGAGGUGGUGGUACGGCUGGAGGAGGAACAAAGUCUGACAGAUCACAUUACAGUGGCAUCGUCACCGUCAACGGCCUCCGUCACCACGUCAAUGACGAUGACGAGGAGGAUUUGAGCAGCGCCAGUGAGCGCCUGGCAGCCCGCUACUGCACCGUGGAUGGUGACCCAGGCAGCCCGCGCAUGGGUGGAGGCAGGAGACACCAGUCCAGCCCAGAUUUUGCCAGGCACUACAAAUCCAGCUCACCUCUUCCAGCUGUGAAUCUACAGCCCCACUCACCCCCAGCAGAGGGAAAGAAGCACCAAGCAGUUCAGGAGCUGCCUCCAUCCAACACCUUUGUGGGGAGCGGUGGAUGUGUGGGGAGCGCCGGCUCCAGCAGCAGCAGCAGUGGUGCUAGUGGCAACGCAGAUGCCAUGUCCCUGGGUUCAGACCAGUGCUCCGAGUAUGGGUGCCAGACUGGGAACAAGUACAGCAAACAGGGAACCCUUCGUCGGGUGACUUUCUCGGUUGUGACCCAACCUCAAGACGGGGGUUGCUAUGACAGCGGGCUGGAGGAUUCGGAAACGCCCAGCAGUAAGAGUUCGUCUGGGCCGCGGCUGGGAGCCCUGCCUCUACCUGAGGAAGGGUACGAGCGAACCACACCGGAGGGCAGCGUGGGGGAAGAGGAGCACGUGGAGAACGAUGCCAGACAGCUUCCAGAUGUAGCUCUGACCGGAAAGUGCACCAGGGAGUGUGAUGAAUUUGGCCACUCAGACACUUGCUGGAUGCCUGUCCGCCCUUCGCCGCGGCAGCGCCAACGCCACGGUAGCGACCCCCCUCGGCUGUCGACCUUCGCCCCGGGGGAUGACAACAAUAAUCUCCGCGGUAACAACCACGAAAGCGACAGCGAGAGUGCCGGCAGCGCGGGGAGCUCAGAGCCCGGUGUGGUCGUCAGCGGGGAGGGUCAGAGGCUACCUUUAGCCAACGGGGAUCCUCUUGGCACUCUGGGUCGCGGAGACCGCAACAGGAACAUGGGGGAUCACAAUCGCAACCUACUGAACCGCAAGAUGACCUCGGCAUCCUACGACACGUUUAGCAGCGCGGGGCUCGGAAGGCGCCAACCUGAGGAGGAGGGAGGAGAAGGCCAGAAACCAGCCGAGGUCAUACCACUGACGCGGACAGGAGGGGAUUACAAGACAACAUCGUGCCUCACCUUAUCACGCCGUGAGGUCUACCUGUGACGGCCCUGCUGUGCAGCAGUCCACACCACGACUUUCUUUUUUCUUUUUUUUUGUUGGAGGAGUUCAACUGAGCUGAAAGUCUUAAAUGUGAUUUCCAAAAGCCUUUAAGAAACUCAAAUUUUUGGAUUCUAACAGCUAUAGUCACUCAAACUCAAGUCUUGACCAGCUCUUUGGGGAAAAAAAAGUUUUUAAUGACCACUCUAAGCUACCUAGAGGUGAAGAUGGUACUUGUAUGUGGAAAAUCUGCCUCUUCUUUUUAAUGGAAUCCGAUGCAUGCUUGAUCCUUCCACCACAGACGUGUGAAGAAGACUCAAAACUAAAGCUGACGAAGGACCGGGUCAGUCCGGUCCAUAUCCCGUCAAAACAUGGACUCCUUUGAAUCCAGCUGAAAUCAAUCAGACUUUGUACGAAUUUAACAACUGUAUGCUAACAUGGGUGUGAGAAAUAUUAACCAGUUUCACAAGAAUCUUGUCUUAAACUAUAGAGAAUGCUCAAACUACAGACUUUUACACCAGGAUCCAAUGUUAGUAUUUAAAAACACAAGGUGUCUCUAGUGCCACAUGUGUGAAAAAGGGUCGUUUAUGAGUUUCCUUAACGCCCAGCGUGUAUGUACAUAUGGUAUGUGUGUAUUUGAUAAUCAAAAAAACAAAACAAAAAAAAGAAAAACAGCAGUUCUCCCUUUCUGAUGCCCUCUGCUAAUUCUAAAGACAGUUCAUUACACACUCACUGUGUCCUGACAGUGCUCAUGUAUGACUAUUGUCCCCUCACACAUACACAAACGCACACACAAGCAUGCAAACACUUUUAUACACACAUACAGCAUGUAAGCUUCAUCUACCACAGUGGAUUUAAACAAUGUGAAGAUGGCCACAAUUUGUGUGAAGACUUAAGUGGCUGUGUACCAUUAAGUAUUUAAUAACCUGCUCUCACUAUCAUACAAACAAAAUAAAAAUACACAGACACUCAGCAUUUUAGGCAGAAACACGCAAAGAUGUACGAACAGCUCGGUUCAUGUGUGCUCUAAUCAUGUUUUUCUUUUAACAUCGCCUCUAGCUGUUAGCCUUUUUGCCUGCUCUGCUCCACACAGUAUUUAAACAUGAAAUGUAUUUAAAUAAUCACUCAUCUCUGACUAAUGUGUGAAGCUGCAUUUAAGGGAAUCUCAUUGACAUCUACUGUAGGUAAUGAUAGAAACUCUUGAAGGAGUCAAUGCUCCACAUACCUGUAAGUAGGACUCUUUUAAAAACCAAAUUGUGUGGGGAAAAAAUGGACAGGAAAUGGACUGCAUGACAGAAAGAUGAUGCAAACUUUUCUUUUUUCUUUUUUAAAUGUCGUCCUUUUUUUUAUUUGCACUCUGCACGACUGUUUGGGAGCGUCACACACAGACGGUGGUGCAUAUUAGAAGUUUUAGCCCCUCUAUCAGCUUUCACAGCCCUCAAGUGGGUAAGACUAUGGUCACAUAUCCCAAAGUUUUGUGACAAAUUCGGGAGAUGGUUGCAUAGCGGCAUUUGUAAUCGGGAGGGGGCAGAUGCACAGUUGCAGCGACGGGACAAUUAUUCUCUAAAGGUUGACGUCAGUCAGUGGUGGGACAGUGGUUGGCCAGUGAGAGGCGGGAAUGACGUCAUUACAAAAUCAGGCAACAGGUGGGACGAUGGCAGCCAGAAUCGCCAGCAGCAGUUCUGACUGAACAAUAAGUGAACGUCUCCGGACACCAGCCGUCCAUAUUAAGUGUCACCAGCCACCCUGUAGCCCAGUGGGGUAUAAGAAUCGGGCCAUUCUGCACGCCUGACCCCCUCCUGGCUGUCCAUGACCAUGCCAACGAUUAGAAAAAAAAAUCAUGUGGCGGCAUGAAAUCUUGAAGAUUCUGCCAAUACCUCCCCGUCGCCGAAUGGGCAGUUGUAUUUGAUCCCGUAGCAUUAAAGGUAUGCGUUGAAUCAGGAUACUUGCUGCUGCCGUCCAUUGAGCUGCGCAGCGCUGAUCCGAACGCACCCGAAGUGCUGCGCCGAUCCCUCCUUUACAUUCGUCCUUCCCAUCAGCCGCCGCACGACUUCCGACACACUCUGCUGCACUGGGCCGAAGAGAGGGUGUGGAUUCAGGCCAGCACAUCUUAAUUCCCAUCAUCAGUGUGUGUGGCUCAGUGGUGUGAUAGGGAUAAUAGGGUUAGGUUGUCCCUGUGGUCUUAAUGAGUUUCCUUUCUCCUCUCCUUCUCUGCUCUUGAUCUGCACUGAUCUCAUUAAUGUCGGCAUAGGCCGGUGCACCACUGCUGGAAACUGCCAGUAAGUAUGCCUCUUCAUUUUGCUCGUUUUGGAUCAGACUAGACUGAGGAGACAUCCUUGUUAAGGAAGUCAGAAAAAGAAAAAGCAGCUCAGCUCAGGUGUGCAACACAUUUAACCUACACACAGCUCGACUGACAAGAAACUUGAUUUUUGAGGGUAAAAAAGUUGUGACAUUUUACCAUUUAUCGGGUUAUAAAAGCUGAGAGAUGAUCUGUGUAUGUAAUUAGACUUUGUAAACCUGUAAAUAAUUUAGGCUUUACUACUCUGUGAACACUGUUAAGCUUUGAGCUAUGAUGUAUUUAUUCCCAUGCCUUCAUAACCCCCUUAAAUCCCCCUCCUUCCAACGUUGGCUGUUUACACAGCUCUGAUGAACUAUGACGAGAUGUACCAAAAUUCAAAACUUGGAAUUUUCUCCGUCGAUAAGACACUUUGAGGCAGCCCACUGGAUUUGGUACAUAUCUUGAGAGACAGAAAGGCAUGUGCUCCUUCCCUGGAACAAAGGGACGUAUCAGCUCUACGAGGAUAUGAAGGAACCGCGGGAAUCCCAGUUUCUGGAAAGAGACUCUCGACGCAGCCCUGCCUCUACAUAGCGGCACAUAUUUCUUCAAACUGCUGUUUUAUGGCAGGUCCACUGUUGCACCUUUUAAACCCUCGAAUUUGAAUUGAAGGGAAACUUGUAAAUGAAUCUGUGUGGGUGUGUCCUUUUUAUACUGCACGUUUAAGCAUCAGUAUGUUUUAGUCUAAAACAAAGAGGGUCGAUGGACAGAAAACGGGAGGUGCGUCACGCCAAUCGCCCACUAAAAGGAGACUUUUUUUAGGAGGGUUUUGGUGGAAAAAAACCCCAAUCCUGUAUCUGCCCUAAUAUCCCUUUGACUCGCCGUCCUCGCCAUGUACAGAUCAAACUACAGAGUAGAACAGGCAACUGGAAACAGACAAGCAUGCUUAAGGUUCAAAUCUGCACUUAGAAAAACGCAGGAUUGAAGUAAAUGUUUCAUUUUAUUUUUUAUUUCAUGCUUAAAGGUGUGUUUCUCUUUUUCCUUUUUUGUUUGUUUAUCCCCCUUCCUGUAAUUACAUUAUGAACUAAUUGCAUUUGCUAUGUGGAGGGAGAUGGGGAGCUCUCAACAAAUGGUUUGGUUUGAAUAUGAAUCAUGUAAAAGUUUGACUUUGCCAUUAAAAGCUUAAAAUGUU